AUGUCUGACAACGCUCGAGGUCGGGGCCGUGGCCGUGGUAGCCGUGGUGACCGCGGCGACCGCGGCGGUGGUCGAGGUAGAGGAGAGCUGCCUUUCCGUCCUGCUGGUCGGGGCCAAGAAGACCGUGGCCGUGGUGACUUCCGCGGCCGUGGGGAUUUUCGUGGUCGGGGAGACUUCCGUGGUCGAGGAGAUUUCCGUGGUCAUGGUGACAGAGGAGGGCGUGGCGGUCGCGGGCGUGGCGGCGGUCUCAACCAAGGCCCAGAAAUCUUCAGGGAUGGUCAAGCUCCGCCGCAGCCCGACGCCACUGUCGCCAAAAUUGAGGAAGGAAUGGCCAAGGCCCUCGCCGUAUCCAAACAGAAGCGAACCCUAUCCCAGGCCUACCCUGACCGGCCGGGAUACGGUACCAAGGGCAAUCCAACCUUGCUGUAUGCCAAUUGCUUGCCUAUCCAAUUAGUGAGCAAGCCGCUGUACAGGUACCAUGUCGGCAUCCUUGCCGACGGUGCUAAAGCUGCACCUGCAGGCAAAAAAGCUCGACAGAUUGUCCGGCUGCUGUUGGAGGAGCACUUUGCUACGUACUUGAACAAUGUGGCAACCGACUACCGCUCGACUUUAGUUGCAAGCACCAAGCUCCCCCUCGCUGGAAAGGAGGGCGAUAAACAAACUUUUGAUGUCCGCUACAAGGACGAGAACGAAGAUGAGUACCCAGAGGGCCCGCGAAUUUUUAAAGUAACCUGCGAACAGACAGGAACCUUGGAUCCUGGAGAGCUAUCCAACUACCUUGCCUCGUGCGAUGCGAACGCUGCGCUAAGCAAUAAGGAGGAGCUUGUCCAGGCACUGAAUCUGAUCAUGGGUCAUCGGCCCAAGACUGACCGCUCAGUGAUCAACAUCGGUGGGAACAAGCACUACAGUGUGAAGCCCGAGGCAAUUGAAAAUUUCUCGCUGGGAGGAGGACUUGAAGCAAUCCGUGGAUUUUUUGUCAGUGCACGUGCUGCUGCUGCUCGAGUUGUGUUGAAUGUGCAGGUCAAGUACGCCGCCACCUACCAGGCUGGCCGAUUGGCUGGACUGAUAGAGGCAUUCUGGCAAGGCGAACCCAGUCGAAAUCUUUUCAGGCUUGAGAAAUUCCUUAAGCGUUUGCGAAUUAGGGUGACUCACUUGCAGAGGAAGUCAAGCAGCGGAAAGGUUAAGGCUUCGCCUCUAAAGUCUAUUUCUUCUUUGGCGUACAGUUCGGAUGGGCAAGGACAGACGGACCCCCCUAAAGUGAAAAGAACCGGCGCUGGGCCGUUUGAUGUUGAGUUCUUUGUUAAGGGUGCCCCCCCAAAGGCUGUCCCAGGGGGGUCUGGAGGUGAACCUUCCAAGACCGCAGCUAAGAAAGGGAAGAAAGCACCCAAAGCCGGCCCAUCACUCCCUGGUAAAUACAUUUCUGUUGGGGAAUACUUCAAGGAAGAAUACAAUAUCGACGUGGAUCCCAAAAUGCCUGUUAUCAACACCGGGACCCGGCAGAACCCAAUCUACUUGCCUGUUGAAGUCUGUGAAGUCCAACCUGGUCAGACUUUUGGGUCUAAGAUUGGCCCAAUGCAGACAGCGGCUAUGCUCAACUUUGCUGUGAGGGGCCGGAAACCUGGCCAUAAUGCUCAGUCGAUCGUGACUAAGGGUGUCGAUAUGCUUGGCCUGAACGAGUCCGACAACGGUACCCUGGCUUCCUUUGGAGUCAAAGUCGGCACAAGCCUGAUCACCGUGCAGGCACGAGUCCUCCAACCUCCAAAAAUCCAGUAUGCCAAAAACAAAGAAAUCAGAACUCAAUUUGGUAGCUGGAAUAUGAUGGAUAUUGCCUUUUCGAGGCCCGUAAGGAUCAAGUCUUGGACAUAUUUGGCCAUUGAGCAAGGAAGACCAUUCUGGGAGAGUCCAGCUCAGGUGCAAAAGGCUCUAGAAAGCUUCAGAGGCACGCUCACGAAAAUGGGAGUCGAUCUUCCUCCGGCGUCUCAGGGUCAACGUGUCGUUCUGAGUGGUAGUCGGGAUGAAAACACAAGAAAGAUCGACGAGGCCGUGGGUAGCCUCCAAUCCACGUACAAGGAUCUGUCUUUGGUGCUCGGUAUUCUCCCUGGCAAGGAUACAACGAUCUACAACACAAUCAAACAGAUUUGUGACGUACGGCGAGGUGUCAUAAACAUCAAUGUGCAAGCCACCAAACUCGUCGACGGCAACUCACAGUACUCUGCAAACGUCGGUCUAAAGGUGAACUUGAAGCUCGGUGGGGUCAACCAGUCCCUUCGUGCCUCAGAUCUGGGCUUUUUCGGCGAUGGAAAGACCAUGCUCGUCGGCAUAGACGUUACCCGCCCCUCGCCAGGCUCAGCCGGAAACGCACCCAGUGUGGCAGCAAUCGUCGCCUCUAUCGAUGCCUCUCUCGGCCAGUGGCCUGCGAAGAUCUGUAUUCAAACCCAGGAGCGCAACGAAAUGGUCGAAGAUCUCAACAACAUGAUGCAGUCUCGCCUGAAGCUCUGGGCCAAGCACAACAAAAACCAAUACCCGGAGAACAUUGUAGUCUACCGCGACGGUGUCUCCGAGGGCCAGUACUCCAUCGUCAUCGAAAAAGAGCUUCCUCUGUUGAAAGAAGCCUGUAAGGCUCUGUAUCCGGCCACUUUGACCAAGAAGGGCCUCCCACGCCUCUCCAUCAUCAUCGUCGGCAAACGCCACAACAUGCGCUUCUAUCCCACCACCUCCGCCGAUGCAGAGCGAUCCAUGAACCCCAAGCCCGGCACCGUCGUCGACCGCGGCAUCUCUGAGUCUCGCGUCUGGGACUUCUACCUGCAGGCCCAUUCUGCCCUCCAAGGUACCGCUCGCCCGGCCCACUACUUCACCAUCUGGGACGAGAUCUUCUACCCCAAGCACCCGGGCAAGCCAGGCACUGCAAACGCCGCAGAUGUCCUGCAGGAUUUGACCCAUAAGAUGUGUUACAUGUUCGGCCGAGCUACUAAGGCUGUUAGCGUCUGCCCGCCAGCGUAUUAUGCGGACUUGGUGUGUACGCGCGCGCGGUGCUACCUGGCUGAUCUGUUUGACCCAGAGAGUUUGGCUGAGGGUAGUGUUGCUACCGGUGGUACGAACCAGGUUAUUGAUGGUUCUAAGGCGCUGGUCCAUCCGAACGUGGCGGAUACUAUGUUCUACAUUUAG